GGUCUAUGCGAAGUUGUUACACGUAAUCGAGGUCUGUGUGAACCUGUAUUAAAUUUAUAUUUACGUCUUCUUACUGGUUGUUUAGAGCCGAAUUUUCUGAAGACAUUGAAGCGGUCUAGUGUACAAAACUCACUGAAUUCACUGCCUACACAAAUGAAUCCAUCAAAUGUUGAUUUUAUUCAUAGUCCACCAUUUAUUUUAAAUAAAUUAAUUGAUCAAAAUUCUGUCGGUAAUGAAAUCAUCCAAUAA